AUGGCUACUCCUCCGUUCGGCUCCGCGUUUGGCCAAUCCCCUGUUGAAGUGCCCGAUUCCUGCAGUAUCGAGGACUUCAUUUUCGACGAGAAGUAUGGAAGGCACUGUAUUCAAAAGUCGUUAAGUCCCUUCACUUGCGGCAUUACUGGCAAGUCUCGGACGAUAUCUGAGGUCAGGCACUUCGUAUCGGACCUAGCCAAAGGUUUGGCAAAGAGGCUUGGAUGGGUUGUGCCGCCAGAGAACCAAUGGGAAAGGGUCGCAAGCAUGUUUUCUCAAAAUUCUAUCGAUACCCUGCCGGUUAUCUGGGCCGUUCAUCGGCUUUGCGGAGUCAUAAGUCCCAUCAACACUGCCUUGUCCGCGACAGAGUUGGCGGAGCAGCUACUCCGAUCAAAAUCGAAAGUUGUCUUCACCAGCAGAUCCUUUCUACAAACAGCCAUUAAGGCAUGCCGUGUGGCCAAGAUUCCCGACAGCAAUGUUAUGCUUAUUGCGCCCGCGGGGGCUGCGAAAACCGACAUGUCAAAUCAUUUUGAUAGUAUCGAGGACAUCCUGAAUGCUGGGAGAAACGCACAGAGUUUGACUUCAGAGAGUUUGAUGGAUCGUGGAAAUCAGAAUCACAUUGCUUUCUUAUGCUUCUCUAGUGGAACAACUGGCCUUCCGGUUCCGACGAUCAUGGUUAAUAUCCUAUCCAAUCUUGACCUGGUCGAGAAGUACGACUUAAUGAGCUCUACCGCAGAUAUAUACAUAGGAGCUGCACCUCUGGGUCCAGAGAUUCUCAAUAAAGUAGAGGAACUGUUUCCUAACUGGAAGAUACUCCAAGGUUAUGGUUUAACCGAGGCUGGUCCUGUUGUUAGUCUCACCCCGAAGAACGAUAUCUGGAUAGGCUCAUCGGGGAUACCAUUGGAUGGUGUCCAAUGCCGUUUGAUAUCUGAGGACGGGCAGGAUAUCGAUGACUGGAGUCGACCCGGAGAACUGCUACUCAAAUCGCCCGCUCUUGCUCUUGGCUACCUGGAAAAUGAGCAAGCUACACAGCAAACUUUCAUAGACGGCUGGCUGCACACUGGAGAUGUCGCAGUAAUCAAACAAAGUCGCAGGGGCAAUUAUCAUAUCUUCAUUGUGGACCGGCUGAAAGACUUGCUGAAGGUGAAGGGCAUACAAGUUUCCCCAACCGAACUUGAAGCGCAUAUCCUUUUACAUCCAGGCGUUGCAGAAGCGGUCGUCAUUGGUGUGGAGGACGCAAGAUACGGCGAGGUACCUAUGGCCUUUGUAGUGCCCACAGUAACAAAUACUCCCGGGAGCUUGCCCUCUCUUGCCUCUUCUAUCAAACUACACGUGGAGAAACACAAGGCCAACUAUAAAUGGCUUCGAGGAGGAGUUACAUUUCUUGAUACUCUACCAAAAACCUCCAGUGGAAAGGCGAAUCGACGAGCCUUGCGAGACGGUGAGAGAAACAGGUCGAAGAAUGCAUCUAGCUCUCACCUAUGA